GAAAAACAUUGGCAGCAAAAGUACAAUGCCUGAAGUUCUGACUUGAUGAACUCUGAUAUUUUGUAAUGGUUUAAAACUGAAGAAUGGCAUAGCGGGACACUACCUAACAGCAGGGAUUGCCUUGACACAAAGGAAUCAGAGAUUAACUGCAGUGAGACCUAUCCUUUUGUUCCUUUUGGUAUACUAAGUCAUCUUUCCUCAUUGCUUCUAAAUAUAGCAAAAUCAGCAAGCCAGUUCUUAUCACUCAGUACAAAGAAAUAAAGGUUUCUUCUUCUAUCACAAUUGAAUUAAAGAAAAAACUAUCAGUCAUGCCAGACAGUGCUAUAAGUGGCUCUUCUGCCAGAAGGGAAACAGGGAAGAUCCCACCUCCAGUCCAGACACGACGAAUCAAUCCAGCAGCUGAUCAUAGAAAGAUAAGACGAAUUAUAGCAGAAGAUCAUGAAUGGUCAUUGGCAACAGUACCACAAUUGACUGAACUCUGUCUUCAACAUAUCAUCAAGAACUUUGAAAAUAAUCCAAUCCUUGAAAAGCUACUUCCUAAACACAAAGUGAAAGUUCUGGAGAAGCUCUCUCCUGACCUGCCCCUAAAGGUAACAGCAAAUCUUAUCAGUGAUGAAGGUUAUUGGAAGAGGUGUUGUUUGAAGUGCUGGGCAGUGUGUGACACUGACAACUAUGGUGGCAGCUGGAAGAGGAUGUUUUUUGAGCGCCACCUUGAAGGUAUCAUUGAGAACUUCAUUCCAGAGGUGACGGAUUCCAGUGUAGUGCUGGAUGCCAUUCCAUUUUGCAAGGACUAUGUGAAGAAGCUUAGUAUAUCUCAGCUUCUCCCACCUGUGAAAGAUGCUGCAAAUCUGGUAGAGGAAGACAUUUACGAUGGAAGCAGUGAUACCAGUCUUGACCUCCCAUCCAUUGAUCACUUUGAUUUUUGCUUGAUCACAGACAAGCUAACUAAUCUAGAGGAACUGCAACUGAUCUAUGGGGUAAAAGGUUGUGGAAUGAACUUUGAAUGGAACCUUUUUGAGUUCACACUUCGAGACUGUCAGCUACUUGCCAAAGCGGUCAACGCUUGUAAGACUCUAAAGGUUCUGAAAUUAAACAGAAGUAAAGUGGAUGAUGACAAGGUGCGUACCAUCAUCAGCAAGUUAUUGGACCACCCAUCCCUGAUAGAACUAGACCUUUCCCAUAACCUCAUUGGGGAUCGUGGAGCACGAGCAGUUGGCAAGUUGAUCAACAGAAGCAAAUUAAAGUACAUCAACCUUUGUGACAAUAAGCUUAAGGCACAUGGGGCUCAGGCUAUUGCCUUUGCCUUAACCAAAAAUGCAACACUGAUCUCUCUAAACCUCAGAUUAAACAAACUAGGUGAUGAGGGAGGCCAGGCCAUUGCCCACGCUUUGUUGAAGAACAGUACCCUUGCAGAUAUCCACUUGGGGAGCAAUGAGCUAACAGAACCAACAGCUGCAGUGUUCUCUCAAGUUCUGUCCCAGAACACAGGCCUGAAGUGCAUCAACCUUUCCUGCAACAAAAUUGGACCGGACGGAGGUCAACAGUUGCAAGAAGGUAUGCUGGACAACAAGACAGUAGUAAAUUUUGACCUGAGACUGACAGAUGUGGGCCAGGAAAGUGAGUUCUGUAUUAACCAGUGCCUGAAAAACAACCAGGAAAGACUCCGAAAGAAUACCAAUUAGAAAUCCAGCAUAUACCCAAACUUUGCUUAGAGAAGAGAAAUUAUGAAUGAGAAAUGCCCAUCAAUAAUAUUUGUUGUAUUUUUGUCAUGCAGAAACUCUUCUUUCUUAUUAACUUGCAAAACAUUCCAUGUGAUCCCUCUUUAUUGAACCAAACAUAUUUGUUAUACUUCUUUCUUAUAAAACACACCUUCUCAUUGUCAUUGUGAAUUAAAACAGCAUUCUUGUUAGUCAUGCAACAAUUUCUGUUUACAUAUUGCUCAUUAAUGGUAUGCUUUACGAUGAUAUUAUUGUUACCUUAGUGGCUCUUCUAUCAAAGGUAGCCACCACUGUCAAUAUUUAAAACAUUGUCUUAAGUUUAGAUUAGGUAUCACAAUUUCGGUUUAAAACUGGUGUGCAGUUAUAUUUCUAACCAUAAACAGUUCAUUCGUGUUAUUUUUAAUUUAUUUACAAGCAUGAUCAGACAGCAAAAUUGUAGACAUUAUUCACUGUCAAGAAAAUAAAAUAAAUAAGAAAAAACUUGUUUU